AGACGGUAGGCGGCGGCGGAAGGAGGAGGAGCUCCGGCCGCGCUCUCUCCCGGCAGUGGCUGCGCCUCAAAGCGCUUGUUGGGUUCCCCACCCCUUUUAAAUAAGCCGGGCUGGUCACCGCCCUCGCAGUCAAGUCAGUUCAGGGGAAGCGGCGGCAGCGCGGCGGCGGGGGUGCGGCCGAGGCCCGAGCCCUGCCUGGGGCCGGGCCGCGGGGCUGGCAGGCGAACCGCCGGCGAGUCGCGGGCGAGGCAGUGUCUGUUUUCGUGGUGCAGCCCCGGCGUAGCCCGGGGCUGCCGGAGCCGGCCGCGCCAUUGUUGGGGGAGGGGGCGGUUGCUGAGGGCCGUGUUAAUAGGGGGCGAGCGAAGGCGCCGGCGGCGGCGGAGAGACGCGGGGGCGCCCCAUGGGGAACACGCUGACCUGUUGCGUGUCCCCCAAUGCCAGCCCCAAGCUGGGCCGGCGCGCGGGGUCGGCGGAGCUGUACUGCGCUUCCGACAUCUACGAGGCGGCGUCGGGAGACGCGGUGGCGGUAGCGCCCGCUGCCGUGGAGCCUGCCGAGUUGGAUUUCGGAGAGGGCGAGGGCCACCACCUGCAGCACAUCAGCGACCGCGAGAUGCCCGAAGAUUUAGCUUUGGAGUCAAACCCUUCUGACCAUCCAAGGGCAAGCACAAUUUUCCUGAGCAAAUCUCAAACAGAUGUGCGAGAAAAGAGGAAGAGCAACCAUUUAAACCAUGUAUCUCCAGGGCAGCUUACUAAAAAGUAUAGCUCAUGCUCAACAAUAUUUCUAGAUGACAGCACAGUCAGCCAGCCUAAUCUUAGAACCACAGUAAAAUGUGUGACCUUAGCAAUAUAUUACCACAUAAAGAACAGAGAUGCAAAUAGAUCCCUGGAUAUUUUUGAUGAGAGAUCACAUCCACUUACACGAGAAAAAGUUCCAGAGGAAUACUUUAAGCAUGAUCCUGAGCACAAAUUUAUUUACAGAUUUGUUCGUACUCUUUUUAGUGCUGCACAGCUAACAGCUGAAUGUGCAAUAGUAACUUUGGUUUAUUUAGAAAGGCUUUUAACUUAUGCCGAAAUCGACAUUUGUCCCACUAAUUGGAAAAGGAUUGUUCUGGGAGCCAUUCUUCUUGCCUCCAAGGUUUGGGAUGAUCAGGCUGUGUGGAACGUGGACUAUUGCCAGAUCCUCAAGGACAUUACCGUUGAGGACAUGAAUGAAAUGGAAAGGCAUUUUUUGGAGCUGCUUCAGUUUAAUAUUAAUGUUCCUGCCAGUGUUUAUGCCAAAUACUACUUUGACCUUCGCUCCUUAGCAGAUGACAACAACCUGAAUUUUCUGUUUGCUCCUCUUAGCAAAGAAAGAGCACAGAACCUAGAGGCUAUUUCUAGAUUGUGUGAAGACAAAGACUUGUGUAGAGCCGCUAUGAGAAGGUCUUUCAGCGCUGAUAACUUCAUUGGUAUUCAGCGUUCUAAAGCCAUCCUCUCUUAAAGGGAGAAAUGAGGGGUUAUAACGUCACGGGACCUUCAUCUACAAAGACUGAAGAAAUAUCACCUUUCCUGCUCAAGAACCAGCAAAUUUAGUGUUUUCAUCAAAAGGAAAGAUCUUGAAUUCAGGAGACUCAUGGACAACAAGGAUUAUACUCCAUAGGAAAGAACGGGACCUUGUCAAUGCAACAAAACACUCUUCUGUCCUUUUUAAUGUAAACAGAGUUAAAAACCACUCCAAAGUGAAGGCUCCCAUCCCACACAGAUAUUUGCUUACUGUGUGGGCCGAUAGCUGUGAACUAUGUAAGGUUUUAUAAACAAUAGUUUAAAUUUUUAGACUUUAAAGACACUAACCAUAUAACUUUUAUGUUUCUUCCAAUUUUUCUCCCUCCCUUCCAUUUUGCUGCAUAUGCCUUUAAAAUCAAUGCAGUAUUACCAUUGAAACAUGGGACUCUAAAGCCACUAAGGAGUGGACUGCAGCAUUGUUAGGUAUGGAAGGGUUCUUCCUCCCUGCUGUUACCACUGAAGCUGCUAGUCAUUGGCAAUCAUUUUAAACCAAAAAGCUGCUGGAUAAAAUUUGUCAUUCAUAUUCUUUGCAAACGUUACUUUAGCAUUUUAGCAUGUUUGGGGUCAUAAACAGAGGAAGUAUCAGUUAUUGAUAUCUACUUCUCUUGGGGUCCAUGUUGCAUUUCUUGUGAACUAUAAAUGGUGCUUCUCAUUUUCUGAUAAUUUUUCUCUUGUUGAAUAAAUGUAUUAAAAGAUAUUUUCAUAUUGCCAACCAACAUGGUGGUUCAGUGACAAAAGUAAAGCAGUUUUAAGCUUUAAUAUAGUUUGGGCCCUCCAAGGCACUGCAGCAUAAUAUAAAUGCUAUAAACCUUUAAAAGAUAUUGUUUGAAAAGUGUUUUUUUUUUUUUUUAGUUUUUAAGAGAUGGGGGUCUUACUGUGUCAUCCAGGCUGGAGUGAGUGCCUGUUCACAGGUACAGUCAUAAUGCACUGCAGCCUAGAACUUCCUGGCCUCAAGCUACCUUCUAGCCUCAGCCACACGAGUAGCUGGGACUAUAGGCAUACUCGGCACUUGUCUCCUGAAUAUUAAGCUUUUAAUUUUUUGUUUCAGUCACUCUUGAAGACAGUAGAUACUGACUGAAAGAAAAAAUUAAAAGCUUUAUAUUCAAAAUUUGCAAAAUGAAGCUGGGUGUGGUGGUGCAUGCCUAUAGUCCCAGCUCCUUGGAAGGCUGAGGCUAAAGGAUUGCUUGAAGUCAAGUAUUGAAGGCUACAGUGUGCCAUGAUGGUGCCUAUAGGAAUAGCUACUACACUCCAACCUGGACGUCAUAGCAAGACCCCAUGUUUUAAAAAAAUGAAAAAUGCGAAAGAAAUGGGUUGGGCAUAGUGAUUCAUUCCUAUAAUCUCAGUACUUGGGAGGCUGAAGUGGGAGGAUUGCUUGAGCGUGGGAAUUCAAGACUAGUCUAGGCAACAUAGUGAAACCCUGUCUGUAAAACAAAUAAUAAAAAUAAUUAGCUGGAUAUGGUGACGUGUCUAUAGUCCCAGCUACUCUGGAGGCUGAGGUGAGAGAAUCACUUGAGCACAGGAGGUCAAGGCUGCAUGGGCCAUGAUCAUGCCUCUGCCCUCCAGUCUGGGUGACAUCCAGACCCUGUCUCAAAAGGAAAAAAGGAAACCAUACAAAAAAAAAAAAAGGUUUUGUAAAGGUUUGUGGCAUUUAUACUUCUACAAGUAUCAAAGCUUAGAAUUACACUAAACUUUUGGAAUACCUUUUAUCUCCAUAAAAUGCCCUCCUCUUUUUAAAAGUAAGUUACUUGCAGGGCUGUGCUCUAUUUGCAUUGAUCCAUGAAGUUUCUUUAAUGUAAAGGAAGAUUUUGAAGAGCAGUGUUAAUUAACAUGUAAUAAAUGGAAUUGGACCCUAAUGAUAGAAGGUGAUAUGAAUAGCUGUUUUAUCAUCCUACAUGUUACCAGGCUGUAGGUGUCCCAUUAAGUCCUGCUAUUUCAGAAAUAACUUACAUAGCCCUUAGGAACUCUUACUUCAGGCUUUAAAAGGCAAUGAACAAAUAACUUUAGGAGACUGGUAACAAUGUCACUUAAAUUUGAAAUACUAAAAAGAGAUUAGUGUUCUCAACAAUGUGAAAUCUGUUUCUCCUAUUUUCUCAAAUAUAAUCCGAGGAAUCUUGCUUAUAAACAAAGCAUUUCUGGGCCAGGAAUACUUCCUCUAAUAUAGCAGUGCUUCCCAUCAUACUGUGCUGCAGUUUCCAUCAUUUUUAAAGGACAGACACACAAAUGAUAAAUAAUGGUGUAAAAAUAUUACAAUCUACCACCUCAAAAAAAAAUUGUUUAUGGAGUUCAGAGCUUGGAGAUUCAAGUAUUGAUUGCAGUUUUAUUUUGAAAAGAAUGCUACAAUUUAUGUGGUUUUUAUUUCUCAUGUUUAUAUUAAAAGAAAAGCUAAUAAACUCUAUUUUAAUUAAAA